UCCGUUCACUCUGCGCAUGACAUCACCGCCUUAAAUACUCCGGUUGCUUUCCGCUUUUUCCGUCGCCAUCCUGAGAGCGCAGCAGAGGAGGCAUAGCGGGCUCUGUCGGGGUUUUCAGUGAUGUGUUUCUAGGCAGCGGGACCUCGUGGGAAGAAAAGGGCAUUUUUUAAUAUAUUUUAACGGACUCUGCAUUUCGGUUGCGCUUGGAAAAACCGCAGAGUGAUAUUUGUGCUCGAGGAAGAGGGAGGCGUGAAAGGAAAACUUUUUGUGCCGAGGUGAAGAAAUCGAGGUUUGUUGUUUUUGCUAACGAGUCUAAAGGCAAAAGUUGGGGAUGGCUCUCUCGGUACCUCAGAACGGUGUAAAGGGGGAUAACGAACCCGUCAUCGAGCUUUUUGUGAAGGCGGGCAGUGAUGGAGAAAGUAUCGGCAACUGUCCAUUUUCUCAGCGUCUCUUCAUGAUCCUGUGGCUGAAGGGUGUGGUCUUCAAUGUCACCACUGUGGACCUUAAGAGAAAACCAGCUGAUCUGCAGAAUCUGGCCCCAGGAACCCAUCCUCCCUUCAUCACCUUUAAUGGAGAGGUCAAAACAGAUGUCAACAAGAUCGAAGAGUUCCUAGAGGACGUCCUCUGCCCUCCAAAGUACUCUAAACUUGGUGCCAGACACCCAGAAUCCAACACUGCAGGGAUGGAUCUAUUUGCCAAGUUCUCUGCCUUCAUCAAGAAUUCCAAACCUGAUGCCAACGAGGGUUUGGAGAGGGGACUGCUGAAGACCUUGCAGAAGUUGGAUGAGUACCUGUGCUCUCCUCUGCCGGACGAGAUCGACCACAACAGCAUGGAGGAAGUGAAGGCCUCCACACGCAGUUUCCUAGAUGGUGAAGAGAUGACACUGGCUGACUGCAACCUGCUGCCCAAACUCCACAUCGUUAAGGUGGUGACAAAGAAGUACAGAGGCUUUGAGAUCCCUAAAGACAUGACGGGCAUCUGGAGGUACCUGAACAAUGCAUACAAGCGCGAGGAGUUCACCAACACGUGUCCCAGCGACAAGGAGAUCGAGAUCGCCUACGCUGAUGUAGCAAAGCGGCUUGUCAAAUAAUGGCUCAAAAUCUCCUCUACUCCGCUCCCUGCACUAGGACUGUUUAUUUUCCAUCACACGAGAAAGAGAAAGAAACAAGCUAUGGACUCCUUUUUUUCCUCCUCUUUUAUUUAGAGUAAAUACCCAAUGCAUGAUUUCUCCUUCUGCCGUUACAGCUCUUUAGGACAUAUCAAUAAUUUUCAGUGUGGCUGAAAAGCUUGUUCACACUUUUUUUUUUUUUUUUUUUUUUUUCUUAGUUUAAGUGU